AUGCUCCGCUCACUUCUAAUCUUUGUCAUUUUGUCCGCGGCGGUAACAGCCAAAUGGGACCACUUCGAGUUCGACGUCACAGUGUUCUGCCACUUUUCGGAUAGAGACGUGUACAACAUGGUCAUCUACUGGGACGAAGUCGAUCGUUGGUUCGAUUUCAUAUUUGUUCUCGUUUUGACUUCUGUUUUCAGGAGUCGAGACGAGCAUAUUACUCAAACUCAAAGUCUGCAGCCGAGAAUGGGAAAGUUCAGUUUCUCUCAGAACGGAGCAAUGAACGGAGAUCAGAUUCUGUCGUCUGGAUACCAACCUAAGGCUGUCAUUUCGCACGACUGCACUUCGGAUCGGAAGGAAGUCGAUCUGGAAGUGGUCCUCACGACGCUCUGCACACCUGGAGAGUGAGGGUUUCAAUGUUAUUGACUCUGUAUCAAUCCCUAGUUUUCAGCACUUGCCACUACCGCUUCAUCAAAGAUCUGACCAACCAGUGGGGCGUUAUCAAGACGGCGGCCGACGAUUUCAAGGUCGAUAUGAGUCCGUUUCCCGACUUUCCUUGA